GCCGUCACAAACCGUCACGGCCACUCAACCCUUUCACGGCACUUAGCUACCGUUAAAUUACUUUCUCUCUCAGCCUUCUUCCAACGACGUUCCACUCCCGUCUUUUCCCCUAUCUCUAACGUCGUCGUUCCGCUUCAUCCCUAACCCUAACCCUAACCCUAACGUCCUUCUACCUCAUCUAAUGGCGUCCUGUGACGACGACUUCUCUCCUCUCCUCGGUGACGACUCCAACCCCAACAACACCGCCAGUGCCCCCACCAACCCCCACCACCUAUCCCAUGCGCCGGCCCCGCACCACCUCCAUCAGACCUACUCGACGGCAACGGUUCACCGGUUCUCGGCGGGAGGUCCGACGCCUCUCCAGACGAUACUCAACGCAGGGAGUCCCGAUAAAGUCAUCGCCGGAGAAGAGCAGGAUGAUGGUGAGGAUUACGGAGAGGCAGCGGCGUUCUGUUCGAAUCCCUUCGAGAACGAUAGCGAUCAGAACGGCGGCAGUGUUGUUGGGAGCGAGAAGAGGAAGGACCACCACCAUCAUCACCACCGAGACGAACAGCUCAGCGAUGGUGGUGGAUCUGGUGCUCCGUACAGUUAUAAGAAGGCUAAGGCCGCUUCGGCUUCGGGCACUUCCGGCGGUGGUGGAGAGUAUAGGAAGGAUCGGGAGGAGUGGAGCGAUGCGGCGAUCGCGUGUCUUCUGGAUGCAUAUACCGACAAGUUCACGCAGCUGAACAGGGGUAAUCUGAGAGGGAGGCAUUGGGAGGAGGUGGCGGCGACUGUGAGCGAGCGAUGCGAGAGGCAGACCAAGAGCGUGGAGCAGUGUAAGAACAAGGUUGAUAAUUUGAAGAAGCGGUACAAAUUGGAGAGGGAUAGGAUGAACAAUGGAGGCAUUUCAGCAAGCCAUUGGCCUUGGUUCAAGAAGAUGGAGCAGAUUGUUGGAAAUAACUUGCCCGUAAAGGUUGCAUCUGAUGAUGACAAGGGUGCCAGUUCUUCUGGCAAUACGCCUCGCCAAUCGAAAAGAUAUGCUUUGACAACAGGCAGUUCUGCUGGACAGAUACAUAACAUCAAGCCCAAGUCAACAACGAAUCCUAGAUGGCGCAGAGUAGUCUUUAAAAUUAGUGGUGCUUCUCUUGCCGGUGCUGCACCAAAUAAUAUUGACUCAAAGGUGGUCAUGUUGAUUGCUAGAGAAGUUGCAAUGGCUGCACGUGUUGGCGUGCAGGUAGCUAUUGUAGUUGGUGGUCGUAACUUCUUUUGUGGAGAUACGUGGGUAAAUACAACAGGUUUAGAUAGAACUACAGCCUAUCAAAUUGGUAUGAUGGCUACUGUGAUGAACUCGGUAUUGCUUCAGUCAGCAAUAGAAAAGAUGGGAGUUCAAACUCGUGUCCAAACUGCAUUUUCAAUGCACGAGGUUGCUGAACCUUACAGCAGGCAGCGGGCAAUCAGGCAUCUUGAGAAAGGGAGAGUUGUAAUAUUUGCUGGCAUUGGUGCUUCCACAGGAAAUCCACUCUUUUCAACAGACACAGCUGCAGCUUUUCGAUCUUUGGAGAUUCACGCCGAGGCAGUUCUCAAGGGUACCAAUGUUGAUGGUGUCUAUGACUGCACCUCUCAGGACAAUAAUUUUACAUUUGAGCACAUCUCUUUCAGGGAGUUGGUUGCAAGAGGUGCCACAUUGAUGGAUUCCAUGGCACUGACAUACUGUGAAGAAAAUAGGAUUCCCGUUGUUGUGUUCAACCUUUUAGAGCCUGGAAACAUCUCAAAAGCACUAUGUGGAGAACAAGUUGGUACAUUGAUUGAUCUUAACGGAAGAAUAAGCUAAUAUUUAUUUAUAGAAAUGACUGUUGUCAUCUGAUGUAUUAUUAGUUGUUGUAAUUACAAGAUGCUUUGUCGAAUUCAAUUGCGCUCCACAGGACCACAGGCCUCUAAUCAUCACUGGGUACGUGGUUUCAGCUGGAUCGAUUGUUUAGGUUGAAGCAUGUAAGUGCACCCUUUUUAUGUAUGUAUGUAUGUAUGUAUGUAUAAUAUAUAGUGCCUGCUGUGUACAUGAGAGGGGUAGAGUUAGGUUCCUAACGUGCCCAAUGCUAAUUAUUGGUCACUUGACCACUUCAUUGAUCUGUCUAAGAUUUUCAUAUCUUAUCUUAGCUUGGUCGUAUUUUGCCUUUCGGUCUGUAAAAUUGUCAAUGAUAAGAUUAUAGAUGUAUUUUUCAGUGUUGACUGUACCAACAUGAUCACAUUAAUGUGUGAUGAGUUUCAUAUUUCAUAUAUCUUAUACGUAUAUGAAGCCGACUUGUUUAA